GCCUCCUCGGCACCUGAGGCGGCCGCCCGGCGGUCCUGCGGCUUCCUCUCUUGCCGCGGCGGGCCGAGGCCAUGUCCCGAAAGCAGGCGGCCAAGAGCCGGCCUGGCAGCGGCAGCCGCAAAGUCGAGGCCGAGCGCAAGCGGGACGAGCGGGCGGCGCGCCGGGCCCUGGCCAAGGAGCGACGGAACCGGCCGGAGUCCGGCGGCGGCGGCGGCUGCGAGGAGGAGUUCGCCAGUUUCGCCACCCAGCUGCAGGCCCUGGGGCUGAAGCUGCGGGAGGUGCCGGGGGACGGCAAUUGCCUGUUCAGAGCUCUUGGUGAUCAGCUGGAGGGACACUCACGGAAUCACCUGAAGCACCGACAAGAGACAGUGGACUUCAUGAUAAAGCAGCGGGAAGACUUUGAGCCGUUUGUGGAAGACGAUGUUCCUUUCGAGAAGCAUGUGGCCAGUUUGGCAAAGGCUGGUACUUUUGCUGGCAAUGAUGCAAUCGUAGCCUUUGCAAGAAAUCAUCAAUUGAAUGUGGUGAUUCAUCAGCUUAAUGCCCCUUUGUGGCAGAUUCGUGGCACAGAUAAAAGCAAUGGGAGGGAGUUACACAUCGCCUAUCGCUAUGGAGAACAUUAUGACAGUGUUCGGAGGAUCAAUGACAACUCGGAAGCGCCUGCUCAUCUCCAGACAGACUUUCAGAUGCUUCAUCAGGAUGAGUCAAAUAAAAGAGAAAAGAUCAAGACAAAGGUGGUGGACUCUGAAGACAACCUGAGAGAUGAAGUGGGAGAUGCUGUCCAGAAAGUCUGUAAUGCGACUGGAUGUUCAGAUUUGAACUUAAUAGUCCAGAGCCUGGAAGCUGAAAAUUACAAUAUUGAAUCUGCAAUCCUUGCCAUGCUUCGAAUGAACCAAGGGGAAAGAAACGAUAAUGCAGAGGAGAACCUGGAGCCCAGUGGCCGAGAGUGGACGCAGUGUGGCCCUUUACGGGAGGAGGGUGGCAGUGGCGCCAGAGUCUUUGGAAAUCAGGGCUUCAAUGAAGGCAGGACCGAAAACACCAAGGCACGGGCCAGCCCUAGUGAAGAAAACAAAGCACAUAAAAACCAGCUCCCGAAGGUCACAAACCGACAGAGGAGAGAGCAGCAGCGGCAGGAGAAGAAGAAGCGGCAGGAGGAGCGGCACCGGCGCAGAGCCCUGGAGAGCAGGAGCGGCCCCAGGGACGGCAGCAAGGGCGAAGCCGCCGCGGGCGCGCAGGUCACCUUGGUGAAGACCUUUGCUGCUCUCACCAUCUGACUGUGGCCUCCGGGGAGCGCUCCGAGCCGACGGAAGGGGAUGAGACCAUCGCUUUACCGAAUGAAAUACAGCCGGCCUGACCCACACGGACGCUCACACGUGGAGUUCGUGUCUUUCAAGCCGCCUCUUUUUUGUUCAAAGUGUAGUUUUGUUAGUGAUGUUUGUUUGUGAAUGUGCUGGGAAGCCACCGGCCUCUAUAAUGCAGACUUCAGGCGGUGCGUGUCGGGGUGGACCGUGAGGUCAGGAAGGGCCUUCUGGGUGUGGCUUUAUUUGCCCCAAAAGUCAGAGUUCAGUGACCCGGGGACCUUCCCUUGGACUUGGGGUGAGCUUUGCUGUCAUUGUUCCUAAAGCAGUGUGCAGUAACUGUGAGAAACUCUGAACCACGGGUUUCCUGUUUCUCUUUUGCAAACAGAUACUAAUGCACAGGGCAGUUUAUAAGUGACCUCCAGCUCAGGCACAUGUUUACAUGUAGUUUUCUUGUAAACGAGGUUACUCGGAAAAUAGUUCAGGUAGUGUUUGCCCAAAGUAGUGUGGUAUGAGGGUUGUGGACUGUCCUCGGUGGGAAUUAAACAAGAACCCUUCGCUUCCUUCUUACUCGCACGUUCCUUCAGUGGGGUGCAGUUGCUGUUAGUUCACUAACACUGAAGGCAUAGGACAAGUGCACCUGACUGUUCGGUAGGCCUGGGCUUUGCUGGGACAUGGACAGUGUUGUUGAGUGGCUGGUACUCAGUGGUAUUCUCUGGGAAGCUGGCGUGUUUCUGCUGUGAUAAAAUUCUGGAAUUCUGAGAGUAUGUGGAGCAAGUGGUCGUUGUAAAGGGAGAAGUCAGGGACAUGUAGAGUUUUGCUUGGGAAGUCUAAAAAGUUCUUUGCUUUUAUAGGAAAAAUCUGAAAGAAAAGAACUAAAGGCUUUUCAGGUUUCCAUCUUAAGUAACUGCACUUUCUCGCUCACUCCCCAGACUUCAGAGAAAAUGAACUCUGACUUGACCAUCUGCAUAGCGUGCUGCGUGUUCCUAGUCUUGGGGGAGUGCAAUCCUGUCACGUGCUGCACUUGUUUCUUUUAUUUAAGCUGUGUUUGGGGUUGCAGUGUUGGGAGAACUCUCUGGUACCGACCAGCAGUUGUCAGUGAUUAGGUGAGACCAGUAGGAGAGAGAAGGUACUUCGGCCAGGGCCUCUGAGCGACUCCACAAUUGUGAAACAGAUUUGGGUCAUGAAGAAGUGUCAUUCCUAGAACGGAAUUAGGUGGAUGUGAAUUUUAAAACUGUGACGUAAGAGGCGGCCACCUUGGGUGAUCUUGGCCAUUUAGGAACCUCAUAUUUGGGCAAGUCAAAUAUGCUAAUUCAAAAGGUAAAUUAUUAGUUGUCUCCUUACCCCUUGUAAUGAAAUUUUAAGUGCAAUGAAAAUUCGCAGGUGAAGGGAAAGGUAUAAACAUGUUGGCAUGUGGAGGCCUCACAUUGGGCAGGCCCUGGAUUCUCGGAGUUACCUUUAUCAGCAGGUGUGUGCUUUCUUUAUUUUUAACGAUGGCUUAGUUUUUGUUUGUUCGACUUUGGAGACUUUGUGCUUGGAGAAUCAGUCGUCCGUUGGAGUUGUUCCCUGAACGUGGUGGUGUGGGUUUCCUGGGUACUUAGCCUGUGGAAAACUGCACAGCGUUUUCUGCUGUACCUCAGGUCCUGAGUUGGAAACGUAGGACCUGGUCUACCCCGGACCUGGUCUACCCCGGACCUGGUCUACCCCGGACCUGGCCAUGUGUUGCCUUUUGUCGUAAGGAAGUGGGUUCAGUGCUUUAGACUCCGGAGAAGCCCUGGCUUUCCCCCCUGGACAGGUUCCUGGGGGCUGAGCUGCUCCGAGUGAACACACUUUCUUGCGUGCUUUGUACCGCUCGAGUGCCGACCAGAUUCUCUUGGGAGAAGCAAGAUGAGUGCCGGAAACCGCACGUUAGGAGGCAGAAGCAGCCCAGGGCAAACGCUUUGUCAGAAGCAGUGGAAUUGCUAUAUGUUUAGGUCAGUGAAGGUGGCCUUGGGCCCCAUUUGGUUUUAGAAGUUUUAGAAGCUGCUAAAACACAUCCCUAUUGAGAACCUUGCUCUCUGAAUUACUUAGUUCUGGUAAUAGGCUUCAGUACUUAGGGUUCGGUAACAGUGGUUUUAAAAACGAAUCAAACGGCUUUAGUGAUUUCUUUAUUGCCAUUUCACAGCUUUCCAGUUGUCAGCGGUCAGUGUUUAGCAUUGUAGGGAUGGAGCACAUGUGUCCAACGUCAAUGGUGUCUUCUAGCUGAGGGUUUGAAUUCAGACAUCACUGUUUUCGGCGCCAUAGCAGGCACUGGGAAGUGACUCCCGGGAGCCGGCGUGGGAGGCCCAGUGCGGUGCGUCCUGCGGUGACUGUGGGCACGGCGGUGACUCGCGGCAGCCCGUUAGGAACUGAGCCUGUCGAGCCCCGGUGGGCCACCUUGGCAGGUAGAGAUGUUUGCUGUGCUGUGUUGUCUCUGGAGUUUGUAGUGAGGCCAGGGGAAGGGGAUGGACCAGUGUCUGGAGCUGCUUGCUGGGCUUACACACUGUACAUAAAGUUUUGGAUUUAAAAAUGCUUUUACAGGUCAAAAUAUGAAAUAAAACUUUAGCAGUAACAGCUUUGAAUUAGAUAGAUGUAUUAAAACAACAUAGAACCACAACUUCUAAGUAGAAUCGUUACCACCAGGAGACAUUAGAAAGAUAGAAUGUGUUUGUGUAUUUAAUUUUUAUCUUUCAAAAAUACGUAGUAGCCCUUCAGGAACAAGCUCUGACUGAAGAAUUGUGGCAGAGAAAGAAUCUUAAACGUUGACCUUGUCUGUAAUUUCUUUCUUAAGCUCUGAACACACUUCCAGCCCCAUGAUGGCUGGGACGGCAGGGCCGUGGCUCUCCCUGGCCUGGCAGCCUUCGGGGGAUUGAUAGCGGCCGGCCCUGCCUCCCGGGGCAGCUUCACUGUGUGGCGCGCUGUGACCGCAGAGCUGCCUGGGUCCUCAGCUGUGCUGUGGCGGAGAACCACACCUGCAGUGAGCUUCUCUCUUUCCAGGAGAUGCUCCAAGCUCUGGCUGAGUUCUGCUGGGUCAGUACACCUGCCAGCAGGUUCCCUCUGAAGUGCCCAACUCAUAUCCGUGGUUCAUGGAGGAUGGGAUUCCUGGCACGGGCACCGCUGUGGGUGGCAGAGAAUCGCACGUGCUGAUUUCAGUGUCUGCGCAGGCGGCCCCUCCUGGUGCCUGCCGUUGGGGGCAGGCUCGUAGCUCUGCACCUUUUACCUCAAGGCUCUGCUGUUCUGCACCAACACUUUGGACGCUGAGUCGGACCCGUUUUUCUGUUUUGUCAUUUUCCUCAUUCACGGUUUCAGUCGUGUCCACUUCAGAGCAGGCGCUGCUCGAACCCCGGGGCCUUCCGCCGGUUGUUCCCCUGGGAGUCACUCGUGGCCCUGUCUACAAAGUGUGUUUUCUCGACUCUAAGGCAAGUGGUACUUUUCCACUGACAUGGCUUCACUGGAGACGUAGACAGCGCGUUUAAAUGAACGCCUGCCAUCGCGUGUUGGGGACAGUCUGGACUUGUGGGAAAGCGGGGAUCAGAGUGUGUGUAUCGGUUGCCAAGUGCAGGCACCACGAGUCUGUCCGGCUGUUGUGCUUAGGACUGCUUUGUAGCCAGAGUAAGAUGUUGAGGGUCCCCGGGGUUCUUUGCAGAGGGGCUGGUGCCAGUGUAAAGAAUGAAUGCCCACAGAAGUGCUUACUUUUGCACAGGGAGUUUAUUUGAAGCAGGGUGUACCCAUCAUGCACAGCUGCUUCUCACCAUGCCACUCAUCUCAGAAGGUCAUGGUCACCGGACAGAACCUCUGUGGCCUGGCUCUGACCCUUUGCCUGUCAGUGUCCGCCAGGUCCCUGUUCCCAGCCAUCCAUGACAAUCACGCGAGCGCAGCCUGUGGCUUGAUCCAGCAGACCCCUGUGCUGGAACCGGAGCUGGUGCGAGGGUGCUUGCGUCUCCCCACUCCUGUGGUCCGCUUUCUCGGAGGAACGGCCCAUGGCUUCCCCUGCUACCUCCUGGCCUCUUCACCAGCACUGUGCUCAGAGAGGGGAAGACGAGAGCCCAGAGUCAGACUCCGCUCUGCCCGUUCCCUUCGGGGCGCAGGCUGCUGGUGCCCACCGGCCCCCGUGGGGAGGGCGGGCCUCGGGGUAGGGCCCUCUCCAUCUCCUUGCACUGCACUUGUUCUGCUUUGGUCUGGAGCUCCUGCAGACCUCCAUGGGGUCGGGGUCCACAGGCUGAGCAAGUCUUGCCUUACCUGUAGAGCGCGGCGGUGAGAAAUGGGGUCGUCCGUGUCCACACUCAGCUCCCCUCGGGGUUUCUUUGCACAGAUCUCGUGUUCAUCUGAACCAUUUUAUUUUUUAUUUACUAAAGUACUGUACUUGGCUAUUUGCAGUGUUUUCAAAACCAGACGUUCCUUUUUUGUGUUUUUAAUCUUUAAUACCUUGGUGCAAUAGAAGCUGCAAAGAUGUGCCACUUUAUCUAUGAAAUGGAAUUUUGUA